GGGCUGCCGCCGCCAUGGCGGUGCCCGCGCUGCCUCCCGCCCGCGUUUUCGCCGAGCUUGCCCCGGCCCAGACCCCGAGCCCGGCAAGGCGCGCGGGCCUCCCGGGGCCGUCCGGGCGGGAGGUGCACGUGAGCGGCAGCGCGGAGCUGAGCGCCGCCCCGGACCGUGCGCGGGUGUCGCUGCGGCUGGGCAGCCGGAAAGGGGCGGCCGGGGAGGCGCGGAGCAGCGUGGCCCGCCGGCUGCAGUACAUCGCCCAGAGCGCCCGCCAGCGCGGCGUCCCGGAAGAAAAUAUGACUGUUACAGAGGAUUUCAGUAGAGUAGAAAAUACUUAUCAAAUGGAAGCAGAGGUCUGUAUCACAUUCAAUGACUUUGGAAAAAUGCAGAGUGUUUGCAAUCUACUCAUUGAAAAAUUAGGAACCUCUGUGACCAUCAGUCCACCUCAUUUCUACCAUACACCAGAAGCUGCAGAUGCCCUUCGGCGUCAGGUGUGCGUCGCUGCCUUCGGAAACACACGCCGGAAAGCUCAAGAAGUCUGUCGCCUGUUCGGCCAGUCACUGGGAAAGCCCUUAUUGAUAAGAGAAGAAGAAACAAAGGAAUGGGGAGGCCACAUGGAGAAUCACCUGUCAAACUCCCCGGAUUCACUGACUCUGCAAGACAGAAUCCAGAAUGCCACCGCUUAUGCCUCUUGUAGAGUUUUUGCUGUGUUUGAGAUAAAGGGAAAAGAAAACAGAAGGAACAAGUUGCUCUAAAAGCUUUCAAA